AUGUCUGAUCAGGCAUCUACACCCUCUCGUCCAGCCUCGCCGGUCGGGGACCUACCAAAUUUUACCACCUCCCGUUCCUACAGGUUCACAUGGGACGCAGCUCAUCGAAAGCAAGGGCCUGGGAGCGUCUCGGAGACUACAGAGGGGCGCGGCGACUACUUCGUAGCAAACGCAGCCCCAGAUGACCUGUACGAAAACUCCUCCUUGGGCCCGUUCCCACCGGGUACCAUGCCGCCAGAUUGGAGCAGCGCUAAGUAUGGAUUCAAUGCCAUCUCGACCGUGUUGAACAACCCACACAAACGGUCUGCACCGCCGAAGGCACACUCCAGCCUGCCCGCGGUACCCCCCGCUGACCUUCCGCGAGUGCGGCGUAAGGACUUCGAUUCGUAUCUCCAUGCUAUCGGCACAGAAUGGGAACGCUUCGAGAAGAACGCGGAGCAGGGUAGGGAAGGUGUCGCGCGGAUAGAGAGCGCUGCUUUGGAACUGGCUGACUACGACUUCGCCUCGACCCCAAGGACGGCACGACCAUCACCUGGGAAGAUGUUACCCCCUCUGGAGACGGUUCCCUCUGUCUUCUUUGACCCAAACUUCAACCUCGGUGACCCACGGACAUUCAAUGUGGUCGCAGAACAGCAUGGGGGAGACGAUGACGCCUCAGAUCCUUCCUCACUCUCGCAUUCCCUGCCGCUACUUGAGAAGCUAUCGCAUUAUGCCGACACGAUUGAGCAGCACCUCAUCCGCGAGAUUUCUAUCCGCUCAACAUCAUUCUUUGCCGCGUUGUCGAAUCUCCAAGAUUUGCAGACGGAGUCCGAACAGUGCCUCGACCGAAUAUCGAAGUUGCGGGGCUUGCUCAAGGAAGUGGAUGAGAAAGGUGCUAAGCGCGGCCUGGAAAUCGUCCGCAGGGAGAACAAGCUGCGCAACAUGGACGCUGUGAAAGAGGGAGUGCGAGUUGUUGGAGGUAUCGUGGAGAUGACAGGCGUCGCGAAGAGCCUCGUCUCUGCAGGUCAGUGGGGUGAGGCUCUGGAUGUGAUUGACGAGCUCGACGGAUUGUGGAAUGCUGGCAGUCGCUCGGAACCACUACAUGACCUUCCUGUGCCAGUGUUGUCCCCGUCGACACCUCGGAGAGAUGGCAGGACUUCGCCCCUCCCAACCGUACUCGAGUCGCCGCCAGAAACCCCCGCUGCCGUUACUCCCCGGAAACUCGCUAUCUCCGUCCCCAUUGCCUCUCUCCAAGCGUUCGCGUCACUACCUGACCAUUUGCGGACGCUCACGAUGGAGAUCACCUCUUCUCUUACUUCGGAAUUCGUCAAUAUAUUGCGAUUAGACUUGGUCGAGCGCAUUGACGCGGACAUAGAUUCCGCGGAGAGGAAGAACGAUCCCAACAUGUCCUUGAAGGACAGAUUGCGACCGCUGCUGCAGAAUCUCGUGCGAACGGGAGGCGUGAAUGAGGCGGCUACGUCCUGGAAGAGCGCGGUUCUGAAGGAAGUGCGGGGUACGCUCAGGCGACGGAUACCGGCUUUCGACCUCGAGGACGAAGAGUCGAAGACUCAGCCAAGUCUAGUCGACGAGCUCCGUGCCAUGUCGCAUCCUACAUUCGUGGGUCUUGCGCGCAUCAUGUAUCGCAGCCUCUUGAAUUGCAUCGAGGGAUUGCAAGGGCAAGGCGCUGUCGUCGUAGAAGUUCUCCAGGCGAUACGGUCUCCGAAGGCGAUGAUAGACAUACCCGCACUCCAAGAAGCAUUGUCUGAUAUUCUCUCGUCGGCGGCCGAGCUGGCUAAUUCACGAGCAUCUAAAGUGAUUGCGCUACGCUCCGAGCAACAUACGGCCCUGGAUCUGCCCAGUUUCUGCAGUCUGUUCAAUGAGUCAUGGGACUUUGUGGUCAAGUCGGAAGUCAUCUGUCGGCGUAUGAUUGUCGGUCUGAGGGGAACGAUGGUUGGCCAGGCAAAGACGUUCCUCCAGACCUUCCACCAGAGCCAGAUCACUCACUCCGCGAAACUGGUAGAAGAUGAGCAGUGGAACGCGGCGGAAGUCGCACCAUCAGUUCAGCGGAUAGUGGACAUGCUCGUCGAUGCCUCCAUCCAAGAUCCGCUAGACUUCAUCCUCAACCGACCCGUUCCCGCAUCGCCUCUUCCAUCUUCACCAUUACUUUCUCCCGCUCUCGCAGUCAACGGCGAACUCAUCAAGCACCAACCGUCCUCCCCUCUACCUUCUCCUGCUUCCCCGGCGACGCGGAUGGCUGCAGCGCGUGCGACUCCGCGCCGGGUCUCCAGUGCGCCAACGAAGCACCUGCGCAUCGAGGACCGGUCGUACUUCGCGGUAUCCGCCACGCAAGAGGUGCUAGUGCUGCUAGCAGACUACCUCAAAAUUAUCGUCAACCUCCCGAUGCUCACUACGGAGACGAUGAGCCGCGUCAUCGAGCUGCUCAAGGCGUUCAAUUCGCGGACAUGUCAGGUGGUGCUCGGCGCAGGCGCCAUGCGCUCUGCCGGGUUGAAGAACAUCACCGCCAGACAUCUCGCUCUUGCAUCGCAGUCGCUGUCCAUUAUGAUUUCGCUUAUCCCCUACGUGCGCGAGACGUUUCGCCGGCAUUUGAGCCAGAAGCAGGCGGUCAUGCUGGUGGAGUUCGACAAGCUAAAGCGGGAUUUCCAAGAACACCAGAACGAGAUCCAUGCGAAGCUGAUUGCGAUCAUGGGUGACCGGCUGAGUGUCCAUAUCAAGACUCUGCAGGAGGUGAAGUGGGAUGCGCCAAAGGGGAACGGGGUAAACGAUUAUAUGGAGACGAUAGUCAAGGAUACGGUCACGCUCCAUAAGGUGCUUUCCCGAUACCUUUCUACGUCCGUUGUCGAAUAUGUGAUGACCCAGGUAUUCGCUGGGAUUAAUCAUCGACUUUCGGAAGAGUACACUAAGAUCGAACUCCCAUCGCAAGAGGCUAAAGACAGACUACUCGCAGACGCACGGUUCUUGCACGACAAGCUUGCUGUGCUCAAGAACGUUGGCGCGCCCACGGCGAUGCUCGAGACCGUGGUCUCGGAGAAGUCGAUCGCACGUAAAGCCGCCGCGCCUGCUCCGGCUCCUCCGCCGUCGACACCCGCUGCACACCGGUUCAAAGGCAUCCUCAACCACAGGAAGGCGAGCGCGCCCGCUCCCCAUGUGGAGAAAGCACUCCCACCGCCCACGCCGGCCGCACACGAGCCAGAGCCGGCGCCUGGCACUCCCUCCUCCACCAUCGUAUCCGGCGAUUCUCGGGAGUCGGACCUCCCGAGCCUCCCGUCCCUGACGUCCACUUCUGCUGAAUCGCAGGUGGCGAACGGGGCGGUGGACGGGGAAAGUCGGACAGAUGUGGAGGACCCGCCACCGCCGCAGACACCACCUAAAGCGGAGAUGUUGUACCCGUCUCUCGCAAGUGUGCUCGCUCCGGAGAAACCACUGCUGGAGAGUUCUGUCCAGAACGGGGACGCUGUGAAUGGUGUUGAUGGCGCUGCACCUCCGGAACUUCAUCCAGUGCAAAGUGAUGUCUGA